UGCAAACCUUCUGCGUUUGUAUGUACCUUCAUAUGUCUUAGAAUUCAUACAUAAUUGUUAGUUAUGACUUAAAUAUAUCAAAGAUUAUGUUUCGGACUCCUUUCAUUGUUAGGUGACACCUGAAGAUUACAAACAUUAUUUUAUGCAAAAUGGGCUUAGUAUUGGUCACUUUAAACUAGAAUGAUAACAAAACCAAGAAAGGAUUAUUUAAUUUUCAUGUCAAGCUAAAAUAAAAAAAAUAAUUAUUUUUGACAAAAUUACUUGUGGCACAAUUAGACAGCCAUUAGUCUACUUCUAUAUCCUAAAUUCCCCUCUGUAACAUUUCACAAGGCUGAAGCUUACAGAGAGAAGGACCAAUCCUCUUUGCACCAUCUCUAGGUUGUCCACAGUGCAGGGGCUUCUCUCACCCCUACAAGUUUUCUAUAGGAUUUGCAUCUGGGUACUGAGGCCAUGAAAGAAGGUUGAUUUUAUGUCUGGCAAAUUGUGUCUAUCUUGAUUUGGUCAUAUUUUGGAUAACUAUUUUGCCAAAAGAUCCAAGCACGACCCUCUUUUUAACUAAUAAAGUCGACCAGAUAUUUAUAUAAAAUGUCCUGGUAUUUCAAAUGGUUCAUGACUCUAGGUUCCAACAGACCCACAACAUCACAGAUUAUCCACCAUGUUUAACAGUGGGCAUGGCGUGCUUUUCCACAUAUUUAUCCGCUGUUUCAUAACAAACCGAAAAUGUCUGCUACGAAAGAUCCUGUUUUAUGUAUCAACUUUUAUAUAAAGCAUGACCUUGCAUUACCUUGCAACUCUCAGUAAAAACCUUAAUAGAAUAGUAAAUCUAAUACCACAAAGAGACGCCUAAAACGUCUAAACAGGUCCAUCUAUGUUAUAUAUAUUUUGUCAUGUUUUUCUUUUGAAAAUACUAAAAUGCAAGAUAUUUGACUAAAAAUACAAAGUAAAAGCAAAAACAUAAUCUUGGGUGCCCCAUUAGCCCAAAGGAUUAGAAAUACCACACAAACAAUAGCCGGAGAGCAAAUAUUGCUAUUAGACAGAUUGAUUCUACUGUACUGGCAGCUUCUGAGCUAUCUUUAAAUCAGAAAAUCAGAAAUGUAUUUUAAGACUUUUUUCCACUCCUCACAACCAUUUCCGGUGAUUAUGUUUGCAUGUCUGCAACAGUAUAUUUGCCUCUUUAUAUCUCUGUCUACCUUUAUCACACCCUCCUUUGCCUCUCAGUGGAACAGUUUCCAACCUGUGAGAGAAUCAGACUUGACACAUCAGUGUUUGUAUGUGGGUGUGUGUGCUGCCAUCCUUAAAAACAUUUUUCUAAUAUUCUGCUCUGACACAUGAUGUUUGUCGCGGUGACCUGUCUUCCCAUCUUUAUGGAACUGCAUGCCAUCAUACAAGCACACAUGCUGUAAGCAGUUGCACAGCAGUGUGCCAUGAGCACUCCACCAGGUGUGGUGAAUUUGGGCAAUCAGCAGCUCCUAUUUAAAGGCCAUGGAUGCAGAGCAAACCAGUUUUGACUGAACAGAUGGCAGCUACAAGAAAGGCACAAAGACUGCGAGGGAAAAUAGGACUUUGAUUUUAAAAGGACUAUCGGUUUUUCACCUGUUUCAUUAUUUUGUCUGCAUCUGAAGUCUGGUCCUGGUCCUUCAAGUGUGGGCACCUCAAAGUCACUAGAACACUUGACAGUGAAAACCCCCCUAGCCUGUGGAACUGCUUGAUCAGUGAAGACUCCACAAUCGCCCACCACAAAGAAGGGAAGACUCCUUCUGGGGGCCUGGAGGAAGUCUGCCAUCUGUCUGUCCAACAGCCAAGAGGAGCAACAUGGCCGAGUUCAAGUCACUUGAAGAUCUGAAAGUAGAGCGAACCACAGUAAAAAGACUCUUUUCAAGACUCACCAACCAUAUUAUGAGGAUUUAUAUGGACAUGUCUAGAGGAGAACUUCAAAAGACUGACAGUGGAGGGCUCUAAAGUGAUGGAAGGAAAUGAAGAGCUUGAGGCCACUUACAUCGCAGCAGAUGCAAAGGGUGCACUAGGCGACCAGCAGAAAACCGACAUCGAGAAGACAGAGUGUGAGCAGAAGUUAAAGGCAGCAAAGCACCUGAUCCAAGAUACACUAUGGACUUCAUAUGGUGAGAAAGAACUGUCCCUCGCUUUACAAAUUGCAGAGGCAGAGUGUGACAAUGUCACCUCCACUGAACCCCAGUCCCUGGAGGCUUAUGACUUUAUGCUCACUCAUUUGGAGAAGCUUGUACAUAAAGCCAAAGGAGCACAUCAAACCUGGAGUCGCUGGGCUCCACCUGCUGAGAAGCAAGAUUUUAAUUUUUGCUUGAUGGAGCUAGAGAUCUGCCUUCCCAAGUUGGUGUCGGGGAAGGCUGCCCUGAUAAAAGCAGCAAAUCUCAAAGAGGACACCGGAAUAGAACCCACUACAGCUCACAGCUCAGCUACCGCCGGAACCAUAAAGCUUAAAGCCACAGCCCUACCAAAGUUCACAGGCUGCCAGCAUGACUUCUACAGAUGGAAGAAAGAUUGGGAGGCUCUGCAGAACCAAGGCGAACCGACAGGGUCCAGAGAGCUGAAGAAAUUCCAACUGCUUUAUAGCCUCGAUGAAAAGGACCUGUACAUCUGUCAACGUACGCUAUAGCAGCUGAGAUCUUUAGAGUCCUGGAAAACCACUAUGGGAACCGAGCCACUAUUGCCAUAGAGAUCAUUGAAGAUCCACAAGCUCUUCCAGCCGACCGUGGUAAUCAGCCAAGAAGAAUCAUAGCGCUCAUCCAAGCAGUUGAAAAGGGUCUCUAUGAUUUAAAUGAAUUGAAUAAUGCAGAUGCUAUAAAAAACCCACUAGUAACAAAAUCCAUUGAAGGCAAGCUUCCAGAAACCCUGAAGAAAGACUGGCUUACCUAUGCUGGUGACAAGAAAAAUGUGGUAAAUGCUCAAAACCGCUUUGACAAGCUCCUCGCAUACUUGCAGUCUCAAGAAUCCAUCUAUGAGCAGUUGGAGCAACUGAGAGACAUUGACCCUUGUUGAAAUAUUUAUCUUUAUUCAUUGCAUUUAAAUUAAGUUAUCUGUGUUUUCUGUUUUGAAAGUUUUUCACCUGUUUCAUUAUUUUGUCUGCACUGGUCAAUUAAAGUUAAACUGAGUGAAAUCUGAAA